AUGGGUAAUGACAGUCAUGCUUAUAGCAGUGGCGGUGGUUAUCCAAAUUACUCUCAACCUCCGCCUUACUCUGCCUAUCAAACUACUGGCUAUGCACAAGAGUAUUAUGGUGCUUAUGACCAGGGACAAUCUGUUGACUUAGGAUGGAGACAACAGAGUGGCAGUAGAGGCACUUCUCGGGGCAGUUAUAGAGGUACUUAUAGAGGCAGAAGCUAUGGUGGCGGCUACGGCGGAGGCGACGGCAGUGGAAGUUCGGGCGGUGGAAUAGAUCAUAGCUAUGGAGGUGACCAACGAGGCGGUUUUGACAAAGGUGAUGGUAGCUUCAUUCAACCGAAUACAUUUUUCGUAUCGCAAAUGGAUCCCAGUCUAACUGAAGAAGAUUUUGCGGCUCAUUUUGGAUCAAUUGGUGUCAUUAGGGAUGACAGGAUAAUUGGUCAGACGGCGGUCCAGGAGGUAGGGGCAGCCAAGGAGGUAAAGGUGGCUAAGGAGGCAGAGGCGGUUAUGGUGGCUUCGACGACAGAGGUCGCAGAAGUGGAGGCGGUGGAUUUGGUGAUGCUGUUCGCGCCAGAGUCGCUGAAGUUGUUGACGGAGGUAGUCGUGCCCGUGAAACCAGGGAUGGUGAUUGAAAAUGCCGAGGGAAAUGCUUAA